UGCAGGACGCGGAGACGCGCCGUUGCCAUGGCAGCCAGUGCUAGCUGCCGCGGGAGCAGGUCCUGGGUUCUCCCUCGCCUCACUGCCAGAGCUUAGAAAGAGGAGGAGAGGAGAUCUCCCUCGGCCAUCUCUGUGACCCCAGCCGCUGCAUCGUCCACAGCAUUAUUCUUUAACAAGUGGAAAAUGAAUGAAAAUAAAGAUAUUGAUUCUAAAGAAAGCGGAGAAUAUGAAGAUGACUUUGAAAAGGACCUGGAGUGGUUAAUUAAUGAUAAAGAGAAAAGUGAUGACAGCAUAACAGAGAUGGCUUGCAACGAUGAAGAGGAUAUUAACCAGGAGCUAAAAGAGAAUGAAAUAGAAACAGACCAUACCAAACAGCUCUCUGAACCCAAAAAGGAAGAGGUUUCACCAAAAAGAAAUGAUUUUAUUUCUGUCCCAAGCAUUCAGCCUCUGGAACCCACAUCAGAUUCUGAUAGUGAAAACUCUUACCAGGAAUACAAACUAGAAAACCAGAAAGAUCUAGAAGAAGAAGAAGAUGAGGAAGUAAAGAAAUAUAUUAUGGAGAAAAUUAUACAAGCUAACAAGCUUCUACAGAACCAACAGCCUGUGAAUGGCAAAAAGCAACGAAAACUCAAGUUCAAAGACAAAUUAGUCGACCUGGAAGUUCCUCCACUAGAAGACAAUGAUACCUGCAAAAACUAUUUGGAAAAUGAAAAUAGUAUGUCUGGAAAGCUCUCGCAGUUAUGCAUUUCUGGUGAUUUGGGACAAGAAAAUAUGUUCCUGUCACUUACUGAUGGAAGCUGUGAAGAAAACAAGGAUCGGAAGAUACUGGUAGAGAGAGAUGGAAAGUUUGAACUUCUGAAUUUACAAGACAUAGAGAGCCAAGGGUUUUUGCCUCCCAUUAAUAAUUCUGUUGGUACAGAUGAUGAACUUCAGCAGUUGCCACUCAGCUCUCCCAGUUCAUCUGACAGUUGUGUCAAGAUAGAAGAGCCUGCAGCAAAGGGCCAUGCUGUCACUCUCUCCUCGACAGGAGAGCCAUUAUUUUAUGUCCCUCAACCACCUCCCAGCCCCCAAACCCGUCCAAGUUCUACUGCUAACUCAGACCAAAAUGGAAGGAAUAGGAGACCUAAUUACAGGACACAGUAUGCACAUGUCUCUCCAGUGACCUCAACAUACUGCCUUUCUCCUCGACAGAAGGAACUCCAAAAACAGCUAGAACGCAAGAGAGAAAAGCUAAGGAGGGAGGAAGAACAACGCAAACUAGAAGAAGAGAAUGAAAAGAAAAAAGAGAAUGAUAUGGUCUUUAAAGCAUGGCUGCAAAAGAAAAGAGAACAGGUUCUAGAAAUGAGGCGGGUGCAGAGAGCAAAGCACAUUGAAGACAUGAAUAGUCGUCAGGAAAACCGAGAUCCACAACAAGCUUUUCGAUUAUGGCUUAAGAAAAAGCAUGAAGAGCAAAUGAAAGAAAAAAAGACAGAAGAACUAAGAAAGCAAGAGGAAUGUUUGUACUUCCUCAAAGGAACAGAAGGCCGUGACAGGGCCUUUAAGCAGUGGCUAAGAAGAAAACGCAUAGAGAAACUAAUAGAGCAACAAGCUGUCAAAGAGAGAGCCAGACAGCUCCGACUAGAAGCAAGACGUUCUAAACAGUUACAGAACCACCUAUACUUGUCAGAAGCCAAAUCUUUCCGCUUUACAGAUCAGUACAACUAAGGCAUCUAGUAAAUGCUUCAUUUGGCAACUGCUGUCAUCAGUUUUGUGUAUCAUUUCCUAUUGUCCCUGUGUUUUGGUAAUACUCUCAGCUAGGGAAAUGGUAUUUGUCUUGGUGAUGUUGACAGUGAAUUUAUAUUUAACACUGAAGCAAAAUAAACUUCUCUCACAGUGUUGGAACUGUUA